AUGUCGAAUCCAGGCCAUACAAUCCCAAAUGAAGGUGCUAUAUACCACGAAGUAUCACCUACAAAGAUUUUUGCCUUGAGAAUUUUCAAUGGUUUUGUUGCCUUUUUUGUGGGGUUGUCAUUUCUAAUCUGUUUGAUUCAAGGCCAAGUGAAAGCAGUCCAUUCCUCUGCCGAUUAUAUUCUUGCCACAAACAUUAUCAGAAAUCCCCCUUUUUCUCUCUCCCUAUCCCCCUCUUUUUCUCUCUCUGAUUUUCUUUUUCUCUCUCUCCCUAUCCCCCUUUUUCUCUCUCCUAUCCCCCCUUUUUCUCUCUCCCUAUCCCCCUCUUUUCUCUCUCCUAUCCCCUCUUUUCUCUCCCUAUCCAGAGUUUUCUCUCUCCCUAUUUUCUCUUCUCUCUCCUAUCCCCUCUUUUCUUCUCUCCUAUCCCCCUCUUUUCUCUCUCCCUAUCCCCCCUUUCUCUCUCUCUAUCCCCUUUUCUCUCUCUCCCUAUCCCCCUUUUUCUCUCUCCCAUCCCCUCUUCUCUCUCUAAUCCCCCUUUUCUCUCUCUAUCCCCUUUUCUCCCUCCUCUUCCCCUCUUUUCUCUCUCUAUCCCCCUUUCUCUCUCUCCUAUCCCCCUCUUUUCUCUCUGAAUCCCCCUCUUUUUUCUCCUCUCCCCUUUUCUCUCCUCCCCCCUUUUCUCCCCCUCUUUUCUCUCUCCUUCCCCCUUUUCUCUGA